CUUAACAACCUUAAUAACAGAAGCUGGGGGCGUCUUGUUACCUGGAAUAUGUUGGUGACCUGAGCUGCUGUUAUUCUGUUGUUUCCCUGAGCACCUGGUGCUCUCAGGACCUGAUAUUGUUGUGUUGGUGCCCUGAGGACCUGAUAUCACUCUGAUGUUGCCCUAAACACAGGAUAUUGUUAUGCUGCUGACCAGAGGACCUGACUCUUCUGCUGAGGACCUGAGGUUUCUGUUGCUGCCUCCAGGACCUCAUAUUUGGCUGCUGACCUGAGAGCCUGGCGCUCUUUUUCUGCUGUGCUUAGAACCUGACGUAACUUUACUGCUGUUUCUGAGAACCUGACGUAACUUUACUGCUGUUUCUGAGAACCUGUCGUAACUUUACUGCUGUUUCUGAGAACCUGUCGUAACUUUACUGCUGUUUCUGAGAACCUGUCGUAACUUUACUGCUGUUUCUGAGAACCUGACGUAACUUUACUGCUGUUUCUGAGAACCUGACGUAACUUUACUGCUGUUUCUAAGAACCUGACGUAACUUUACUGCUGUUUCUGAGAACCUGACGUAACUUUACUGUUGUUUCUGAGAACCUGACGUAACUUUACUGUUGUUUCUGAGAACCUGACGUAACUUUACUGCUGUUUCUGAGAACCUGACGUAACUUUACUCUUGUUUCUGAGAACCUGACGCAACUUUACUGCUGUUUCUGAGAACCUGACGUAACUUUACUGCUGUUUCUGAGAACCUGACGUAACUUUACUGCUGUUUCUGAGAACCUGACGCUGUGAAGAUCCGACAUUCUCCCGCUGUUCUUAAACAAGACAUGAACUGCUGCCCCUGAAACACCUGUCACAUCCCCCCUGCCUGACGUACUGCUGCAGAGACCACAUAUCUGACUUAUUUUCAUCGCUGCCGCCGCCACCAUGAACAGGCGGCCAAUUGUCACGUAUGCUGGAGACAACAGUGUGUUCUGUGGACUGCAAGCUGGGCUGGCUACUGGCCUCCCUCAGGAAACAGUGGAGUGGAGACGCUCUUAUGGCCGACCCUCCAGGUGUGUCCAUGUUGAGGUGGAUUUUGUUCCAUUCUCUGAGGAAUACCUGGGUAAGGAUGCACCCCGCACUAUCCUAGGCCAACCUAUCUUUCACACCUAUUGGACAGACUGUGCUGAUGUGGAGGCUUACAAGAAUCUGGCACGAGACAGCUUGCAGGCGUGGGUCAUGUCUCUCAAGCAGCAAGGUAUCACAGACUGGAUGGUCAUACUUCUUGAAACUCCUGACACCCGCAAGGGCAACAAACUGCUUCCUCGCACAACUGUGCUGGACAAAAUCAAGAAUGAUUUUGGUGGAAAACAGGCAGAGAGAUGUAUGUCAGUGAUUGACCCUCUAAAGUCUGACUCAAGGUCGAUGGAGUCAUGGCAGACUCUCCUUACUAAGAUGAGGCAUUUGCUGAUGGUGGCCUACAACCGAGCCCUUAACAGGUUUGAGGAAAGCAUGAGAGCAGAGCGGGAACGUCGGACAGAGAAAUCCUGGUCCUUCUGCUCAUAUUUUUUGCUGCAAGAAGAACUGGCACAGGUGUUCCAGCUCUUGGCUCUGUAUGACGAGGCACUUGUCCAGUACGACGAGCUGGAUGCUCUCUUCACUCAGUUUAUCUUGAAUUCGGCAGCUGGAGAUUCUCCACCAUGGCUGAACAUCUUCAGCCAGCCAUGUGAAAAGUGGGAGGGACUACACCUGACAUCGGAGCUGGACACAGUCGUUCAAGGCAAGAUCCAGAGCAAGGAGGUCACUCUGCUGGAGUUUCGCAAUUAUCUCUUCCAGCGACAGUGUGCACUGCUCUUCCAGCUCAACAAACCUUGGGAGGUGGCAGUGCGGGCACUGACAUUUUUACAGAACACGGUAGGAGAGUUGAAGAUUCUGGAAAUCGGAUUAGCCCCUGGUGGAGUGGCUUGCUGGGGAGUGUUGUCAUGUUUGGAGGUGAUAGAUGCCUUGCACUGCUUCAAAGAGCCCACAACAACUGAUGCCCACGCACUACAUACUGCUCCACUUUGGGCCUAUGCUAGAGACAAGCUGCAGGAACUAGGAUCACUCUGCGGGCUGAUGCCAGGCAGUGAGACAAGUAGUGCACAGCUGCACACAGUUAUCUCCCUAGUGUGUGGCAUGGGUAAUGACCCACACACCCACGACCAGCCGCAGGAGCACUCAUCGUUAUCUCAGGACACACCCAUGACGCGGCUAAAAGAUUCUUUGUCUUCCCCUCAGGCAUUCAAGAAGCAUUUUUUGGAUCUUUCUGAAGUUGCAAUAAGCACAUACAAGCACAUUGGCCGUAUCCGCUCAGCCCGUCUCAUAGGCCGAGAUUUGGCCACGUUUUACAUGGCGCAAGGUGAACCCCAGAAGGCAGCAACAUUUUUGACAGACCAGCUGACCAUGUUCCUGGAGGAAGGGUGGUUGCUCCUGGCUGCUCAGACACACCUCGACCUUGCCAAGUGUUAUCUGGCCAUCAACGACCUGGAGAGAUACAUCAGGACAUGUGCUCAAUUGGCUGGCAGCGUGGCUCUCAGUGCUGAUGUGAGGAAACAGCAUUUUGUCAAGAUGAUGAGUGCUAUACAGGAUGUGAAUCAGGACACACCACUGCUCAUCCCAAGCGACCGGAUUUUUGAAGUAGGUGGUCUAAAGUUGGUGUCAGAGGGCCGCAUCAUUCUCGAGUCAGAAGUUAAGGUGGAACUUUCAGUGCUUAGCAAACUACCAGAUGAUGUGAGUUGUGGAACCAUAUAUGUCAUGUUGCAGCACUCUCAGGAAGACGAUAUAAUGAGUGUCAAACGAAGUAGUGAAAUAGACCGCAAAACUGGUUGUUCCACUGGCUCAUCGCAACCAGCUGGCAGCAAGUCUCAGUCCUCGGCUAUGGUACACAGAAGUGGGAGUGGCAGCACAGAGUCAGAUCGCAGUAGUGUGCCUUCAGACACAACUGACUUGGAGAGCAGCAGCAUCAACCCCAUGACUCAGCCACUUCACAUGAGCCUUCAUCUGGAAUACAAGCAAGACAAAGCCCUUUCCUCUGCUGCUGUCACUUGCUCCAACUCUCAUAAAGUUCUCAGGCGACGAGACAGUCAGGGUGGACUUUACAAGGUGGAUCGUAACAUAAUAAAGGAGGACCUCAAAGACAAGCUUACUGCUGACGACGUGAUCAUCAGGCCCGGCUCAAACACCAUCAUCCUCUCCACCAAGGUUACAAAAAAAGGUCGUUAUAGUGCGAGCCAGGUAGUGCUGGCCCUGGACAAGGUGGAGUUCAUCUGCAGCAAGACUAGUGUUAGUGGUCCUUCCCUCUCCCUAGAGGUGGUCAGUGAGAACCCACGCAUAUUUUUGGGUCGUCGUGAUCGGGAUCUCUUAGCUGGAAUGCAUCAGCCGAUGGUGCUCACAGUACACAGUGGAAGCUGGCAUAUUGCAAAGGAUACUUUGGUUAAACUUCGCACAUCCCGCGGCCUGUCUGUGAAAUGUGAAAAUAAUGAGAGUAAUAAUGAUACACUGGAGAGAGACUUAGAAGUAGUGCUGCCAGAAGUGUGUCCUUUCUCUUCCAUUGCUGUUCCACUGACUGUCUUGGCUGACCUGGGACCACAGAGAGAUGCUGCAACUGUUGAGCAUACUGUAGCCAUCAGCAGCCCCUUAAUUGACCACCGAUUAGAUAUUGAUGUCCACUUCAUACCUCCCUUCAUGUCUUCACACAAGUUGCACACAGCCAACACCUCCAAGUUUGUCCAAGUGACAGUAACUGGCCUGGUGAGCCGAGCAGUGGAACUGUCCUGUCCAUCACUGACUCUAAUGGACCCAGAACAACACUUCAAGCUAAUACCACUCCACCCUCCCACACAGACUCUGGUGGUCUGCACAGAUCAAGCUGCUAGUUACAUGUGGGGAAUGGAAGUAGACUACACACGGGAUGAAACACCAGUGAUCAAGAUGGGGUUCACACUUCGCUAUCGUCCACUGGAUGAAAACUCUCAACCACUCCCAGAGGACUUUAAAACCUACACCUAUACAUUUGAACUUCAGGAUUAUAAGACCCUGUACACCAUUCGUGCACGGGUGGAGCCCAGCAAGGGGUCUGAGCUGUGUCGUGCAGGAAACAUGUGCCACCUGCACAUUGCCUUACAGCAAGUAUCCUCAAAGCUUCCAUCCACUGAGACAGAUGGGACUGGUGCAUCACAGGCAUCACAACACUCCAUCAUGUAUGAGGUGCUGGCUGACCAGACUAUGUGGGCAGUGUGUGGCAGGACUGCAGGGGUCCUGACAUUGGAGGGUGGGCUACGGCAGAGUGUCACCAUGGAUGUGAUGCCUCUCACUGGAGGGUUUUUGCCAUUACCGUCUGUACGAUUAUCAAAAUAUAUCCCAGCAGACGCCAAACACACUACCAGCAAAGAUGGCGGGAGGAAGAUGGAGUAUGUAGGGACUGCAUCGUCGGUACCACGCCUCCAGCCAUUUACUCCAGGACAAGUUUACAAUUUCAGCAAAGCUCAGCAAGUUCACGUGCUCCCGGCAUCCAAUACACUCCAGGGGGACCUAUCCCUCACAUAAAUAUGGCAGUAUAUUGUAACAAAAAUUCAGCUGUUCCAGACCUAAUGGCUUAUUCUGACUUCAUGUACACGGCAGUGUUCUGGUGUAUACAAGUCACUUUAUUUGUAAUACAGUAUACAUAGGCUUGUGACAAGCCUUAUCAAUGUUCAUUAAUUAGGGGUAAUAUACUCUAGUUUGUAAAAAAUAUUGGGUAAUGGCCAACACCUAAUUUGUAAAAAUUUACACAAUAUCCUAUAAUGCACCAGGCCAGGAUGUUGGAGGCUAUAGUCAUUGUUGUAAUAGCAUUUAUUUUUUAAUAAGCACAGCCAAAAACACAUUGAUGGUGUUGUGUCCAUAAUACUGAGAGUUGUGCUGAUAGACUACAGCUACUUAUCAUUCCUCUAUUCCUAUAAAUGUUGCUGUUGUAUUAUUAUGAUGUUUAUUAAAAUUAUUUAUAGCAUAAUUGUUUUGCCAGUUAUUUACUGUAUAUAUUUAUAGAUAUAUUGUUAUAUAUUUUAGAAUUUACAUUAAAAUAAUAAAACAAUUAUUUUCAAGCAACA